AUGACAAGAAACGCUCCAGACGAGAGAUUGGUCUACCUUGCUUUGAAGAACACUUUCAAAGGAGCUGAUGCGCAAGUACGUAAAGCUAAGAAGGUUCGCGAACUGAUCCAGAAGACGCAACACAAUGUCGACGUUAGGGACCUAGUCCAAGAACACAAUCUCGAUAACGUCUGCAAUGUGGCAAAAGUUCUUCUGGAAAAGCAGAUUUUUGAGUCUACUUUAAAGGCCAAAAUUCGGUUCCCAGAAGUGUUCGAGAUUUCUCCUGCGCAAAGUGCUGAGCGCUCAGCUUCAGAGGCAGAAGCUGCGAAAUCCGAGGUAGAUGCCAUUAGGUCCGCAGCAGCGGGCCAGAACAGCGGCAAACUUCCAGAAAGCAGUCGCGAUGUCCGCUUAACCGAUAAUAAGGAGCCACCUGCUUGUUCAUCUUCCCGAGUCGAUAGCACAAUCCCGGAAGCGCUCGUCUCCUUAUGCAGCUACGAAUGUCCCUUCUCUCUACCCUGUUUACUUGCCAUACUGUACCACACACAACAUCAGCUACUUGUCAAAGUGCAGGGACUUCUCGAGAAUGCCUGUUAUGAGUUUGGAUUACGCAACAUGAAAGAGACUAUUGAACGCGAAGGCUGGGACUGUCCAGAAUGUAUUGAGUUGAAUAUAUGGGCCCGAAUUCUUCUUUCCAAUCAGGAUAGGUUUCCGCAGGUAGAUAUGGAAGGAUUGGGAAAACCGUUCCCCGAGCUUCUCGACUCGAUAAGUCGCCUCCGGCACACGGCAGUACAUCGACUUCGGAUCAGUGCGCAUGGGCUUGAAGAGUUCCUAAUUGACGCGGAGACCGUAGCGCGGUUGCUCCAAGAUGACCGCUGCACCAAGUGGUUGACCCGACUCCGGAGAGAAACACACCUCACCAUUGAAGAACUGAAGCGGAAUAAGGAUCUUCUAGAAUCGAAGCUCAAUUCAAAACUCAAACAGAUCUUAGAUCAGAGGGCAGAAUUGGAUCGACUUGAACAUCUAGCUAUGGAAGAGAUGUUGAGAGAGGACAAAGACUAUCAGAUUUUGGCCGGAGAUAACUUGGACGGAGUCAUUCAGUCUUCGGAUACCGCAAUACACAGUUCUGCACCUACAGAAAUAGAGUUGAGGUUCGAAAGUGACCCCGAAGAUGAUCUCACACCUAAUACUUCUGACCGCCAGGUCUUCAAGCCAAACAAGAACCUGCAGGCUGCUGGAGACUGA